CGGCGUUCGGUCUGUCUAGCUCUGUCUUCGUUCCGCCUCCCCUCGUCUAAAAAGCCUUCAUAAUGGCUCCUCGCCCAUCACUCCCGGCAUCCUCGAAAAAGCGCAAACACACGGUUUAUGGAGAGACAAGUCCGGCCACGGUUUCCUCCGUAACAUCUUUGGAAGACCAGCUUAUUGCGGCGGUCUCCUUGAAGUCCUCCCUCAACCCUCUCGCUGACCUGCUGGAUAUCACACGCAACCCCUCUGACCUGAGUACUCUCUCUAGGGCCAUAUAUUCACUUUACAGAGUUUUUGUGGUUAUCAUAGCCAACGGUCUGCUGCUGAAUGUUGCCGGGGGUGACGAGACUAGGGCAGUCCGCGCUUGGCUUCAGGAGAAGCUUCACAGCUAUGUGGAGCUGCUAAUUGGUCUGCUGAAUGAUGAAGAGUCCACUCUCAAGACGUCUUCACUUAAGAUCUUGUUGUCGCUCCAAAAACACCUGUCAGCCAUGGUUAGCAAAGCUUCUGGAUCCAGCUCUGCGUCACGACCGCAAUUCUACGUGUCACACUUCCGCCAAAUCGUUCGUGGGCUUCUAUUGUGCCCCGCUUCUCCUCGUGCGGCGUACCAGACAAAGAAGCGCAAGAACGACUCUGGUGCGGACGAGGGUAAAUUGGACAUAGAGGUCAGAGACAUGUUCAUGGAGCAAUGGCUCAGUGAAUAUGACGAUAUACGGUGGUUCUUCCUUCGGGAAUCUGCAGGAUUGCUCGCUGCAUACUCUCACAAAGAUCACCCGAAUGUCCCGGAGAACCUGCUAUCGUUACUCGAACAGCUGAUGACAUUCCCGACCGAAUCUUCUGAGCUCAACAAAUGGUGGGUCGAGGAACUGGGUGCGAAGCCGCCACAACCGAAGGUCCAAAAGAACGGUGAUGGUGACCAGGACGAUGACGAGGAAUCCAAAGCACCGGAUUUCGAGGAGGAUAAAGAUGUAGACGACGACUGGCGGAAGUUCUUCGACGAGGGCAGCAAUAAACAGGACGCUUCGACAGAAGCGAGAGCGUCCGGGGCAAGAUUACACAAACUCAGUAUACAUCAAUCGUUACACUCGCUCUCAUCACACCGAGCUGUCUUCACGCGUACGUGGUUGACCCUGCUCUCGCAGCUAUCGACUGGAUCAGAAGACAGCAAGGCUCUUAUUACCCGCGCUUUGAAUGUCAUGCACCGCAGUGUUAUGCCACACUUGACGAGGGCCGUCAUGAUCAUGGACUGGGUCGCCUCGUGUGUGGACUAUGGCGGUACUGUUGGCCUUUUAGCUCUCAAUGCGUUGUUCAUACUUAUGAAGGAAUAUAAUCUCGACUACCCAACGUUUUACACCCAGCUAUACUCCUUCCUUGAUCGUGAUGUGCUACACCUCAAGCAUCGUGCCCGCUUCUUUCGGAUGACCGAACUAUUCUUGAAUUCUACUCACCUUCCGGUCAACUUACUUGCGUCUUUUAUGAAACGGCUUGCCCGCCUCUCGCUUUCUGCACCGCCAGCGGCCAUUGUCAUGAUUAUCCCUCUGACCUACAACAUCUUGAAGAAGCAUCCCGCGCUCAUGGUGAUGGUUCACCGGGUUGAUGAUUCGUUCGAGACCACUGAGGGUAGAUCUAUGUCUCAACUCCGAUACCCCGUAAUGAGUCGACUCACAGUAUCUCCUGUAGAUUCGUUUGAUUACGCCGAGCCUGAUCCAAUGUUGACGAACGCAAUCGACUCAUCGCUCUGGGAGCUCUACACGCACAGACAGCAUUAUCACUCUGCCGUGUCAACGAUGGCGCGUAUUUUUGAGGAGGCCUUCACAAAGCCGAAUUACUCGCUUGAGGACUUCUUGGACCACACUUACAGUACACUGUAUGAGACGGAGGCAAAGCGCAGAAUUAAGAAGGAGCCAGCGAUGGUUAUAGCUAUAUCUCAUUGCCAGUGGAUCCCCACGCGGCGUGCACCGGGGAACGCGGAAGAGGAGGAAGCCGAGACAGACCGUGUAGCCGCCCUCUGGACAUAUUCUUGAUCUUCUGGAUCAGCUAAUAAGUCAUAUCUUCUCUCGCUAUCUGGCAGUCUAUGGGGCGACUUACCUGAGUGCGCGUCAAUUCUUUCGGCCACGGGCAUAGCAAGACUGGUCAUCUUCCUGUACAACAGACGCCAGACAGCAUUCGACCUUCCAUUUGGCGCGGGAAUGCCCGAGUCGCCCGGAAAGGCAAGUCCUCAAGAUCGGCCUCGGGCAUACCAGUCCUGCUUGGACUCGGCCAAGAGCUAGUUGGGAGCUCUGGGAUUCAGAAGCCAGCGUGUAUUCUCGGGCAGCGCAAGCGACACCCACCUACCCGAGCCAGUGCUGAUAACGCGAUAGACCCAAGAGGUAUAAAAAGAGCCUCCGUGCGGUCGAACUGACAUCAUCCACACUCGCAUCGCAAUAAUGUCCCCUACUGCCAACAAGAAAGUCAUCUUGGUUAUAGGUGCCACCGGUGCUCAGGGCAUCCCUGUCAUCGACGCGCUCCUCGCUGCAUCUGCAGACGGCUCGCCCUCACCUUAUGCCAUCCGCGCCUUGACUCGUAAUCCGGACAGCCGUCGCGCCAAAGAGCUUGCGGCCAAGGGCGUAGAGAUCAUCAAAGGUGGGGCAAAUG